ACAGACGGGGAAAAACGAAGAACUGUGAAAUCUCUCUCUCUCUCUCUCUCUCUCUCUCUCUCUCUCUCUCUUUCAGAGAUAAAAGAGAAAGCGGAAAGAAGAAAAGCAGAUCGGAUUUUCGGGGAAUCGAGAAAUCUGGAAUCGAAGCCAUGUUUGGAUCCCGGACCUGAUUCUCCAACAUGUGGUUUUCUUUCUGGAGAUCAAGAGAUCGUUUCUCAUUGCAAGAACUCAGAUAUCUAACAGAUCAACUUCAAAAAGUUCAAAUUGUGAAUAAUGUUAACAAGGAUCAUGUAAUUGAGGUUCUGAGGUCAAUUGCCGAGUUAUUAAUAUAUGGUGACCAGCACGAUCCAACUUUUUUUGAGUUCUUCAUAGAGAAGCAGAUCAUCGGAGAGUUUCUACGCAUACUGGAUGUUAGUAGAACUGUGAGUGUUGCACUUCAGUUGCUACAGACAAUGAGCAUUAUGAUCCAGAAUCUAAAAAGUGAACAUGCUAUCUAUUACAUUUUCAAUAGUGAACAUAUCAACGACCUUAUAGGAUAUUCCUUUGACUUUGGCAAUGAAGAGCUUCUGUCGUACUACAUAACCUUUCUAAGGGCAAUAAGUGGGAAGCUGAACAAGCGUACAAUCUCUCUAUUGGUGGAGACUCAAAAUGAUGAAGUAGUUUCUUUUCCCUUGUACAUUGAGGCGAUCCAGUUUGCUUUCCAUGAGGAGAACAUGGUCCGCAUUGCCGUACGUGCUUUGACACUUAAUGUCUAUCACGUUGGAGAUGAAUGCGUUAAUAGAUUUGUCACAAGCACUCUACUGGCAGAUUAUUUUUCGAAUUUGGUUGCGUAUUUCAGGAAGCAGUGCAUCAGCUUGGAUGGAUGUGUCUCUGAAGCUGCAGAGAACCCAGACUCAUCUGAUCUAGCCUGUUUCAUCCUUUCUGCAGUAGAUGAAAUUGAAGACACUUUGUACUACUGUAGUGAUGUUAUUUCUUCUGGGGUUCCCAAUAUUGAAAGAUUAGUAACAGAAAAUAUUUUGCAGCUUUUGGUAUUUCCAUCGCUUCUGCCCUCUUUGAAGUUGGAGCCUGUUGAUGGCAUGCAAAUAGGUGCUAGCACUUCCAUGUAUUUACUCUGCUGCAUCUUGCGCAUUGUUAAAACCAAGGAUUUGGCUCGUAGCAUCGGUGCUUCUCUUUUCUGUACACCAGAGUCUGUCCUUCCAAAAUUGGAAUCCAGACCCAAUGGUUAUGUGUCUGGUCAUGAUCUUACUCAUGAAAACCAUCAGCCCCAUCCCGAUGCUCUUGGUAUGCAGGCAGGUGGAGGAAGCUUAAGAGUUUCUGUAUUAAAUUUCUCUAGUUCUGACAUACAUCCAGCAGGAUGUCCUUUGUUGCAACAUGAUUAUAGCAGCCCCCAUUUGGCUUUGAGGGAUAUAUUGCUGUCAUAUGUUGUUAGUGGGGAUGAAAUACAUGUUUUGGGUUCUUUGAAUCUGCUGGCUACCUUGUUGCAAACAAAAGAACUGGAUGAGUCAAUACUGGAUGCACUUGGGAUUCUUCCUCAAAGAAAACACCAUAAGAAACUCUUGCUGAAAGCUUUGGUGGGUGACGUCUCAGGUGAAGAGCGGCUAUUCUCUGAGGAAAAUAGCUUGACGAAAGAUGAAAUCAGUACCGAACUUGAGAGAUACCUACAACAGCUGAAGGGUCAGUAUGGCUGGUCAUGUUCUAACAGUGAACCAGGAAUAAGCCCCCGAAUACAUAGAUACCAGGUGCUUGACGCAUUGGUCAGUCUUUUAUGUAGGUCAGAUAUAUCUGCAGAGACAUUGUGGGUCGGCGGUUGGCUUUUACGCCAGCUGCUUCCAUGCUGCGAGGAAGGAUUCAACAACAAUCCCCUUAAACCACUCAAAGAUUCAUACAUCUGUGCUGAUGGUCUGCUUGGAGAAAUCAGAGGUAGCUGGUGUGAUUUGCUAAUAUCAGUCCUUGCAGAUGAGUGGAGUAAAUGCAAAAAAGCAAUUGAGGCCUCGACCCCUCAAAAAGAUCCCAACCGCAUGCUCUUUCCAUUGGGAGUUCCAUCUGUAGAAGGCGAGUCUACUUUUGCUGCUGGCGAGGGAAUGUGUGAGAUAGUUAAGGUGUUUGUACUACGCCAUCAAAUUCGGAUUUUCUGUUCUGGAGGGGCAUUGCCUGAUCAACCCCCUGUCUGUCCCCCGUCGGAACUCCCGGGACAUACCCGGACGAAAUCUGGCAUAGAUGAUGGAGGCCCAAAGCCUGGCAGUGAAAUAAACAUUGUUAAUGCUGUGGCUUGUCGAAUCGCAUUUGAGAGAGGGAAAGAGCACCACUUUUGCUUUUCAGCAAUAUCUAGGGGAACGACCGGGUGGCUUGUCCUUGCAGAAGAAUCACCCCUCAAGAAGACGCGUGGAUUUGUCCGCGUUUCGGCGCCCCUGGCCGGCUCAAAUCCGAAAAUAGACGAUAAGCAUUCAAGAUGGUUACAUUUGCGCAUCCGUCCAUCAACUAUGCCUUUAAUGGACCCCACCAAACCCAACAUACUUGGGAAGGGCAGGACAAAGUGUCUGAUAGACGGGAGAUGGACUCUUGCUUUCAAGGACGAGAUAUCCUGCAAGUCUGCCCAGUCAAUGGUGCUCGAAGGGAUGCGCCUGCAGAGCAGCGAGGUGGAGAGGAGGCUAAAGCCUUUGCUUGACCUCAGUGGGCCGACACCUGACCCGGUUCGCAUAGACCCAGCCGUUGCAAUUGUGAAAUAGUAGUGAGGAGGCUUUUGUUUUUGGCGGGCCGCCCUUCUGUAUAUUGCUUGUAGCGAAAUAAGGCCAGCCCAAGAGCAGAGAAAUGUAGAGUAUGCAUCAGCCAUUUCAGUAUAUCAGUAAAUUCAGUCCAAUUCUUUGUACAAGGUUAUUCAUUCAAGUGCAUAUAAGUAUGGAAAAAAGUUUAUCUUUUU